AUGGAUGCCUCGCAAUCCAACACUACGCCCGACAAUCCCCGUGUCGAUGCCGCCCAAUCGUCGGACCCGUCCACUGCCAACACGCCCGCGACCUCGAACACCACACCGCCUGCGGAUCCUUCCGCCCCUGCCGCCCCUGCCGCCCCUGCAAACGGCAACGCUGCCACCGCCUCGACGUCGCAGCCUCCCGCCCCGACGACGAGCGCACCGCCCGCGACCUCUGCCGCACCGGCACCCACGAGUGCCGCGCCCAGCUCUCAACCCGCCAGCAGUGCCCUGCCCUCGGCGCCGGCCACGACUGGCGCAGCCUCGAGCUCGGCUCCCCCGCCUGUAGUGACUCAAGUCGUCACGUUCACGGAUGCCGGGGGCGUACCCGUCGUCUCGACGCAGACCUCGCUGGCACCCGCGGCUACGGGCACCUCGGCCGACGCUUCCGGCUCUGGCGGUGGCUCCAGCAGCAACAUUGGUGCCAUCGUCGGAGGUGUGGCGGGUGGUCUUGCCGGUCUCGUCAUUCUGAUCUGGCUCAUCCUGCUUCCGCUGCGCCGACGCGCCAAGAAGGCCAAGGAGGUCGAGUGGCUUGCCUUUGGCCAGGAGAACGACCACGUCAACGAGUCAUCGGCCGAGGCCGUCUAUGGCCGCGGCGCCGGUCACAGCGACGGCAAAGGCGGCGGAUCGGUCGCCAACGUCAACGAGAUCCAGAUGGACGAGAUGGAGGACGCCGGCCCGCACUCGGCCUACCACUACCAGGGCGUCGACAACGGCCAGAACUGGGGCGGCGUGGCCGGAGCCGGAGCCGCAGCCGGAGCGGGCGCCGCCGCCGCCUAUGGGCAUCAGGGCCAGUACGACGGACAGUACGACGGACAAUACGACGGACAGUACGACGCCUAUUACGCCCAGCAGCAGCAGCAGGCGCAGCAGGGCUACGAGGGCCACGAGUACCACAACGUGGCGGCCGGCCAGAGCCAGUACGGGCACCCUGCUGCUGGCCCCGGUGGUGGCGACUGGAGCCACGCCGGCUACGGGGGCCAAGAGGCAGGCUGGGCUCCCGGUGGCGCGCCGGCUUCGACUGCGGGCUACGCAUCUCCGAACACGGGCGGCGCCUCGGGACUGAGCCACGGCCUCUCUACCGGCUCGACGGCUCUCGGACCGGGCGGCGGAUCGUACCUGUCGCACGGCCAGGCUCCCGAGUACGAUGCGAUGGGCUACGACGCUUACGCGGCACAGCAGCAGCCGGCCCAGCAGCCGCAGCAGCAGGCGGCGCCGGCGCAGGCACGCUCCGGAUCGCCCCAAAGCGUCGCCCAGCCAGACCUGUCGCGCAACGGCGGCAGCCUGCACCUCGCCAACCCCUGA